CGCCAGCCAACACUGUUCUUUUGUUCUCUUUUCUUUCUUCGUCACCCCCAGCGGCCACCAACCCUGAGCACCGGAGUUGGCAAGAAUUACUGGCGUCGCCGCCUUACCCAUUUCGUCAUACACCUACCUCACAGGCGCUAGGUAAUUGCAUCUGCGAUAAGGAUAUGAGGUAGCAUUUCAACGUUUUCCGAAGACCAAAAUCGACAAAAUCCAGCACGACACACGACACAUCGACUCCGACCCGAAACACCAAUCAUCAGAAUGGCCGGCGGGUCGGCAGUAUGACGCGCUCUAUACCAGAAAAUCGAGACAUUCGAAGCGAAGCGGCGGGCGGAUCUGCUCUUGCGGUUGAGGCCCGCUCUGGCUCUGGCUCCGGCUCUGGUUCUGCCCUCUCUCUGUUUGGAUUCGCCCACCCGCACGCCUAUUCCUUUUCCGGCCAGAGAUCUCGCCGUCACGGCUACUACUACACGCCUACGCCUCCUAUCACCAGUCCUCGGCGAACUUGGUUGCCCACCAGGCCCGCCCGAGGCCUUCGUAUGCUCAAGGUCACGAUGAAACCCCAGCGAGACAUUCUACCCGCAGGCCCAACAGUAGCCAGCAGCGCCUCAUCGGAGCGGGAGUCGACCCCGCAAUCCGCCACCGGUUCUACGCCCAGUGCACCUAGACGCCGCCCUCAGACCAAGAUUGCUUGCACAUCAUGUCGUCGAAGGAAAUCGAAAUGCGAUGGCAUGCGUCCCGUGUGCUCCUUGUGCGCCGGCAUGGGUCGCACCAAGUGCGAGUACGAUGCCGGCCCAGACGUCACCCGCUUUGCCGCCCUCAAGACCAAGCAUGAGGGGCUGCAGCGACGCCUUGCCCUAUUUGAAGAACUCUUCCGCCUGCUGUCCAUGCGUUCUGAUGCCGAAUCUCUCGAGAUAAUCAGCCGUAUGCGCACCGCCAAUAUCGAAACAGACCUCGAAGAUCUCGUCAAGUUCAUCAAGAACGCCGACUUGUUGAUGCAACUGUCCUCCACUCAAGCGGACCACACACCUCCUGCAUCAGGGGCAUCGGGUGCUGGGACGCAUCUCCCGAGCACGCCCCUAAACGACAUCUCAUCUCUCUUCGAGCUAUUAAAAUCGGUGGUUUCCAAACUCGAUCCCUCGGCCCGAUCCGCAUUUCUGGACACUAUACGACGCCAAAUAGAUGUCUUCAACUCACAUGAGCGCGGCCGACUCGGCUCCGCUGAAACAGUGAAGCUAGAAGAAAUGGCGGGUGUAGACGCACACGCAGAGGUGGAUAACGAACGACCCAAAGAGCCAGGGGCCUUUCUCAGGCACUUGCUCAACGAUGACAUGACAGGACCGAAUUGACUUAUCCAUGCUGCCACAGCGAAAUCGACACAUGCCUGCAUGGAAACAACGAGCUGAUAGAGUUAACGAAAGGGGGCAAUCGGCUGGCAUGAAGUGUGCAUAAGGGCACACCUGUUUUAUUUAUUUAUUGGAAAGCUCGAGGCGUAGUGACCGACACGGAGAAACUGGCAGUGGAUUUCGGAUCACUUCAGCACAGGGCAGGCCUGGGGUUUCUUCUGACAUUGGUAUCAUGUUGUGAAAGGCGGAAACUGUCAAUUUUCAGCGUGCAACAUUUACACGCGGUGCCUGGUGGCUGUUAGCACAAGGCUUCGGCCCGGCAAUUCAGUGGUGGCUCGCGCCGUUGGCGCCGAAGUCGACGACACCUGGGCGGCGGCGGAUC